UUUUUAACAGAAGAAAUCCUCACAACUGUAAUUGACGAAUGCAGAGCCAGUGGGUCAUGGUCAAAGCUCAUUCAUCUGAUUGGUUCUGUGUUCAAUAACCCAGAGUCACUUACAAAAAGUUUUCGCAAACCCCCAGAUCCGACUCCAUUAUCAGUGUCUUAUGAUGUAACUGAUUCGAGUGUGCCCCAAGGUUCUGUCAGCUCAGCCUCUGAUGAUGCAGUGCAAGAAUCUCCAAAUGUGCCGGUUAACAGAAAUAGAGACUUGGAUAUCACAGUUGAUCUGCCAUCUUUACGUCGUGCUUACCAGCGUUUGAUGGAUGUACCUGAGGAGCAUAUUCAAGGCCCGUUGAUCAAUGCUCUGAAAAUUUUGUCUCAGACUGUCGAGAUGGAACUUAAAUAUAGAAACAUGUUAGAGAGAGAGCCCAAUUAUAUCAACAUAUUUGUGAUAAUCAUGGAGAUGCCGAUGUUGCUGUCAGCUGACUACCUGGACAGCGCGUUUCCCUCUAUAUGUAAAGUCAUAGGAACAUUGCAUGUUUCGGCUCAGGCCCGAUUGGCCAGAAUCUGGUCAACGUAUAGCCAAGAUCGCCUCCGAGAUAUAGUGCAGUCACUUCAACAGAUCAUCACAAUCAAGGUUAUCAACAAUGAGAGCCGCUGGUCCACCACCUUCAGACCCAGCGAUGACCCAGCCAUCACCGGGGCAACUAGGGUUCUGAAGAUUCUCUUCUAUGCAAAUAUUUUGGGAGGUAAACGAGACAGUGCCGAGUUAAUAGCGGAGGAGAAGCGGAUGAAUGAAUCCGAGUCGUUGCAGGAGCUUAUGCAGGGUGCCUUCGGCCAUGAGCCCAAAGAUAGCACACCUCCCAAAGAAGAUCCACUUGCCAAAGAGUUGGGAGUUGAUAUGUUAAACUGCAGAGACCCACUGAUACCCUAUGAAGACUUUGUAAAUGAGCCAUUGAAUGAUAACCUGGACAUAGGGGUUGAUUACACCAACUACAGGCUGGAGUCCGAGAACAAGUUCUCAUUUGUGCCCUACUGCUUCAUUCUCACCACGGCCUCCAAACAUACGAGCAUGUACUACGACAACAGGAUCCGCAUGUUGCAUGAACGGAGGACAGCCUUCGUGCAGACUUUGGUUCACGGUGGGCCUCCAAACCCGUUUCUGCGGGUUCGGGUGCGGAGGGACCAUAUUGUUGAUGAUGCUCUAGUCAAUUUGGAGAUGAUCGCCAUGGAGAACCCCAGUGACCUGCGGAAGCAGCUGUUUGUGGAAUUUGAAGACGAGCAGGGCUUGGAUGAGGGCGGUGUCUCCAAGGAAUUCUUCCAGUUGAUUGUAGAGGAGUUGUUUAACCCUGAUAUAGGUAUGUUUACCUACAAUGAAGAGUCCCACCAUUACUGGUUUAACUCGCUGUCCUUUGAGAACGACGCCCAGUUCACUCUGAUCGGGAUCCUCCUAGGUCUGGCCAUUUACAACAGCUGUAUCCUGGACAUCCACUUCCCCAUGGUGGUCUACCGCAAGCUGAUGGGCAAGAAGGGAACCUUUCGGGACCUGUACGAUGUUGAUCCAACUCUGAUGGCCAGCCUUCAGGAGAUGCUGGACUACCAGAAAGAUGACUUUGAGGAGGUGUUUGAGCAGACCUUUCGCAUCGGUUACAGUGAUGUCUUUGGCCAGUCACGUACCUACGACUUGAAGGAAAAUGGAGAGUCCAUACUAGUGACACAGGCAAAUAAACAGGAGUUUGUGCAUUUGUAUGCUGAUUACUUGCUGAACAAAUCCAUUGAGCAACAGUUCCGAGCCUUCAAGAGGGGCUUUUUGAUGGUGACUUCAGAAUCUCCGCUGAAGCAGUUGUUCCGUCCUGAAGAGAUUGAGGUGCUGGUGUGUGGAAGUCAGAUAUUUGACUUCCAUGCUCUAGAGGAAGCAACAGAGUACGAUGGAGGUUUCAUAGCAGAUUCUCCUACAAUAAGAAACUUCUGGAGUGUUGUCCAUGCCUUGCCUGACGAAGAUAAGAGGAAGUUGUUGCAGUUUACCACCGGCACCGAUCGAGUACCUGUAGGUGGUUUGUCCAAGCUGAAGAUGAUCAUUGCCAGAAAUGGGCCAGAUUCAGACAGACUGCCUACAUCGCACACAUGCUUCAAUGUGCUGUUGCUUCCUGAGUAUGCGACUGUGGACAAGCUCAAGGAUAGGCUGUUGAAAGCCAUCAACUACUCCAAAGGUUUUGGAAUGCUGUGA